AUGGCCACACAGGGAGUGUUGCUGUUCUACCACAGCAAUGUUGUGUACAUCAUAGUGCUGGUUUGUCGAGGUCCAGUGUCUAGAGGUCCAGUGUCUAGAGAUCCAGUCCAUAGUCCGGUGUCUAUAGGUCCAGUGACUAGAGGUCAAGUGUCUAGAGGUCCAGUCUAUAGUCCGGUGUCUAUAGGUCCAGUGACUAGAGGUCAAGUGUCUAGAGGUCCAGUGUCUAGAGGUCCAGUGUCUAGAGGUCGAGUGUCUAGAGGUCCAGUGUCUAGAGGUCCAGUGUCUAGAGGUCCAGUGUCUAGAGGUCCAGUGUCUAGAGGUCAAGUGUCUAGAGGUCCAGUGUCUAGAGGUCCAGUGUCUAGAGGUCAAGUGUCUAGAGGUCUAGUGUCUACAGGUCCAGUGUCUACAGGUCCAGUCUAUAGUCCGGUGUCUAGAGGUCGAGUGUCUAGAGGUCCAGUGUCUAGAGGUCCAGUGUCUACAGGUCCAGUGUCUACAGGUCCAGUCUAUAGUCCGGUGUCUAGAGGUCGAGUGUCUAGAGGUCCAGUGUCUAGAGGUCCAGUCUCCAGUGUCUAG